AUGUCUAUAUCAAUUUCAAUUCCGACCAUAACUCUAAGCUAUUCAAUUCCAAGUACGAUUAUUGAACCAACAAUCUCCGUAGAACCAACCGUAACGGAUAUAUUUGAAACAGAUAUAAUCGAUACAAUAAUAAUACCGGAAACUCCUCCCUCUACUUCACCUUCAAAUUCUUUAGACGAUCCGUCAAUUCCGGGAAAUAUUUCUUCCGCCUCAAUACGAGAUAAUGAUCGCAUUCCCAUAAUAAUACAUCAGCAAAAAGCCUUAGCUUCCGCAAUAGUAGCUGCAGAAACGAGAGAAAUUUCCAUGUCCGAUUCACCUUCACCCCUUCCCCCACCUACACCACCUCCAACCCCUCUUCCACACGUUUUGUUAAGAGAUGAUGAGAAUUCGCAACAUUUAAAUAUUACAAUUGAAGCAGCACGUCCACCUCCGCGUUAUAAGAUAUCUACAUUACAGAUUGAGCCAAUGACAAGACGUUUAACUAUGAAUCUUAGUCAGAAAGGCAAAAGUAUAAUAAUAAACGAGGACACAAAAUCAACUCCAAGAGGAAGUGAAUUUACGAGAGAUGGAAAUAUAAAAGAAGAGGAGGAGGAGGACUGUUGUCAAGAAAUCAUUAACGUUGUGAGUUUAAGAGAUGGAGAUGAUGAUUAUGGUUUUUAUGGAAGUAGUGACGAAGAGAAUGAAAAUAAAGGAGGAAAGCGGUUUUCCGUACGGAAAAGUUUUUGGAAAUGA